GCAUGGGCGGCGGGCGGCUGCCGCCUCGCCUCGUCUCGCCUGCCCCACCGGCACUUUUAGGAUUUGAUAGAGUUUGUACGACACUUCAUCAACAACGUGAACGCCUGCAGCAAGGACAGUUUUUGGAAGCGACAUCCAUUGAUGUGAUUGAAGCAUGACAGAGGUGAUGAACACACGGGAACCGGUGAUGGAGGAAUUCGUGCUCAGCCAGACUCCUGAGGAAGAAGGAGGCCCUUCAAGCCAGGCCUUCCCAGAUUCACGUGAGAAGUACCCCAAGCUGUCGAAAAGACUGCCAUCAAUCGUGGUGGAGCCGACCGAGUCUGGGGAGGUGGAGAGCGGGGAGCUGCGCUGGCCUCCUGAUGACCUGAAAUCAGCAGAAGACAAGGGUCUUCAUGGUGACCAAAGAGUCUGUGUCCAGCAGCAGCAGCAGCAGCAGCAGAUGGAUCUGGAAGAUACUUCAGCGCACGCAGCUCAAGAAGUGGAAGACAGUACAGAUACUCUGGAAAGCAGAACUGAAGAGGACGAGUAGGGACUCCAUGGCCUCAGAAGUGAAACUUCAUUGUGGUUGUUGUUGGAAAGCUGACACACUCUGAAGACAUGUCAAAGUAAUCUGUAUUUAAAUCUGCAAGGGUUUUAUUUAGUUAGUACCUGGUAAGAAGCAUCUGGGCUUUAGAACUGUUCUUUUCAACAUUUUGAUUUUCAGGCUGGGAUUCAUAUUAUUUGUUUAAUUUUUCCUUGGGAAAUAAUGGGAUGUGUUAGGAAAUAUGAGAUUAUCAAGGGAAAAAUGCUCCUAAUUUCAAUUAGCACAUUUCAUUGGUUUUACCUUUUUCAAGCAAGGCUGCUUUCAGGUAUCAACAGCAGGACAAAGGGGUUACAUUUCUACAGGAGGGAUGUCUUAAAUCUAAAACCUUUCUUGUUUUUAGCCAUUUAAAACUAGCACUGUGAUAUUAUGGACAAUAGAUGUAAUAUAAUGUCACCAUUUGAUUUUGUAACUUUUGUAUAGAGACACAAGUGUAAGAUUUGCCUCCAGGCUGC